CGAGAAUGAGAUAUCUGUGUGCAUUAGGUCUAUAUUUGGUUGUUGUCAUGUGUCGCACAGAUGCAGCGAUGACGCGGGAGGAAGAUCUCACUCGGAUCGCUAAAAAACUGGACAAGAUGGUGUCUCGGAAUAACACGGACGGCGCCAUGGACCUGCUGAGGGAACUGAAAAGUUUCAAUAUGACUCUCAAACUUCUCCAGGAAACAAGAAUCGGCAUGUCUGUGAACGGUAUCAGGAAGAACUCCACGGACGAGGAAGUCAUUGCUUUGGCAAAGGUCCUCAUUAAAGACUGGAAAAGACUUCUGGACCUCGAGAAAGCAGCUGAGAAGAAUAACGGUUUGGACUCCGGUAAAACAGCACUGUCUCCAAAGGGCUCCCCCUCUGAGACACAGAGCAGUCACAGAAGACUAUACGUCAAACUGAAACCUGAAAAGAAACACCCCGACAAAAGCGGAAAAGAAAAACAUAGCGAAGAGCGCAGAGAGAGACGUGCAGAUGAUCCCAGUGGGAAUGAAAAACAUCACCAAGAAAUCAGAGAAGAGAAGUAUUUAAAAGAACCCCCAAAACCAGGACAUGCAGAGGAUACUCCCCUGGUAAAAGAUAACAAGGAACAGCCGCGUGGGCAAGACCUGCAGAGUGACAGAUACAAGCCAGAACCAAAGAAAGAACGGGCACCAGGAGAGCCAAAGAAGAGACACGUGGAAGAGGUCAAAAAGGAGAAAAGGUCUGCUGAUCCCCAGAGGCACAGCUACGCAGAUGACACAAAGAAGGACAAACACAGACAAGAAAACAGCAAUGAAAGGCCGAUAAGGUCCCCACAAUGGGAGAAACCUCAGAGUGAACCCCAGAGAGACAAACCCAUAUUUGAGAGACGGGGAGUGAUGGACAGCAGUCUUCUUUACCCCACCCGGUUCCCCUCUCCGCCUCGACCCGCUCGGCCUCCUCUCCCGAUCAAACGCCCCUCUGUGGACCUGAGGAAAGACAGGAAGGACAGUAAAGACUCAUCCUCCCGACAUCCUCAUCCUCAUGCUCCUCUACCCGCCUCUCCGCCAGCCAGACGACUCUCCCUGGAAGUGAAGAAAGAGAGGAAAGUUCUUCCGGACCCAAACGCUCCCAUCGCUCCUCUUCCUCUUCAUCUUCAUCCUCCUGCAGCCAGAAAGGAGACUUCUGACCCAAAUGCACCUCUUCCUCCACUUGCUCUUCGCCUGCACCCCCCACCUCCUCUGCUGAGGAGUCCCUCGCUGGACGGGAAAAAGGAGAGGAGGAUGGAGUCCUCAGACUCUAAACCUCCUUCACAGAAGAAGACGCCAGAUCCCGUGAAGAGAGAAAGGUCUGGGAUCUGGAAAGACUCAGUGGAAAGCAAAGUGCCUAAAAAACACUCCGAUGAAGCCAAGCGUGAAAGGAAAGAUUCAUCUGAGUCAAAAUCGCCACUUCUCAAAAAGCUCUGUUUGGAUGUAAAAAAAGAAAAACACAGGAAGGAUUCCUGCGACUCCAAGCCUGGCCAGCCUGUGAGACACAAAUCAACUGACUCCAAACCUGAUAGACGGGAAUCCAGUGAUUCAAAGAAGAACAGCUCACCGCCAGCGAAGAAGCUAACAGUUGAAAGAAGGGAGUCUCAAGGCUUGAAGACUUCUCAGCCUGGACCUCCACAGAGGAAGCCCUCUACUGACAUCAUGGAAAGGAAAGGCAAAGCCGAUACCCCUCAAACUCCCACCAGCCCUACCAGCCCCAUGUCGCCCAGCGCCAGUUCUGCCGGGGGGCCGGUGCCCCCUCACCUUGCUACCGGAGACCCCGUCAGAGACAAGUGCAUUUACAUGCUUGCAGCAGCCCUGCGCACAGACGACCACUACAAGGAUUUUGGCACAAACUGUGACAGCAUGGCUGCCGAAAUUGAAGAUUAUAUCUACCAAGAGACAAAGGCCACGGAUAUGAAAUACAAAAACAGAGUCCGAAGCCGCAUCAGCAACCUGAAGGACCCGAAGAACCCCGGGCUUCGCAGAAACGUCCUCGCGGGAAGCAUCGACUUGAGCCGCAUCGCCAGCAUGUCCGCUCAGGAGAUGGCCAGCGAUGAACUGAAACAGCUGAGGAAUGUCCUCACCCAGGAGGCCAUCAGGGAGCACCAAAUGGCCAAAACCGGGGGCACCAGCACCGACCUGCUGCAGUGCGGCAAGUGCAAGAAGAGGAAUUGCACUUACAACCAGGUGCAGACACGCAGUGCUGAUGAGCCAAUGACCACAUUUGUUCUGUGCAAUGAGUGUGGUAACCGCUGGAAGUUCUGCUGAUGCCUUCCAGAUGAAGCCACACUUUUGUCAAAGUGUUUUUGACUGCAUUAUUUUCUAUGAAAGGAGUUUAUAAAUUAUUGCAGCUAGUGGUUUAACAGAUAAUGCUAAUUAUUUUUACUUGAAAUUUUGAGAUGUUGAAGCAUUUACUAAUAAUCUGGGUGUGAUUUAUGUGGAAUAGAACAGAGCAUGAACAUGAGUUUGAUAAAUGCUAACAAUAAUGAUAGUGGUGCUGAUUCAUGAUUGAAAAAUGAUCCAGUUAAUAUACUACAGACUAAUGCAGCUGUUUAAAUGUAUACAUCAUCUGUAUUAUGGCUUUUUAAACUCACUUUUAAUAAAGAAAAAUGUAUAAUCA